GAAAUCGUGAAAACAGUGAAAAGUUGAAAAGAAAAGUAUUUUGUAUUUUUUGACAUUUGAUUGAAGAUACAAUUUUCGUGAUUUCGAGUUUAUACACAAAAAUAUUGGAAGUAAUGGAAGAUGUUUCAAAUGCUAUGAUUACAGAGCCAUCAAAUUCAGUGGAAUUAAGUGCUUCAACUAAUUCUAAAAUUAUAGAAAACCCAGAAAACACUCUAAAACCUAAGGUAUUGAAAGCGAAAAAACGUAAGAAGCCCAAAGAUAGUACUGCACCUAGAGUGCCUCUUACUGGUUACGUGAGAUAUUUAAAUGAUCGAAGAGAAGCUGUAAGAAGCACAAAUCCAAACUUAACAUUUGCAGAUAUAACUAAAAUGUUAGCUAGCGAAUGGAGCAAUUUGCCAGUCAAUAAAAAACAGCAAUAUUUGGAUGCAGCAGAACAAGAUCGAGAACGCUAUACAAAGGAAUAUAAUGCAUAUAAACAAACUGAAGCCUACAAGAUAUUUACGCAACAACAGAAUGAAAGAAAAUUAAAGAGGUUAAAGAAAAAGAAGAUAUUGUUAAAAUACCUAAUCUAGCUUACAAUAGUCAUCCAGGUUUAAAUAAAGAUCAACAAGACAUAGACUAUGGUAAUUUUGAUAUUCCUAUUUUUACUGAAGAAUUUCUUGACCACAACAAAACAAGGGAUACGGAAUUAAGACAGCUAAGAAAAAUAAACACAGAUUUUGAACAGCAAAAUGCCAUACUUUCAAAGCAUAUAGAAAAUAUGAAGAUGGCUAUAUCGAAAUUAGAAUUCGAAUUAAUACAACAAGAAAAAAAUAAUCUGUCUCUUAAUAAACAUUUAAAUCAUUUGAAGAACACCUUAAUUGAUGGAUUUGGCGGUACUGUAUUACCAGGUAUCAAAGAUGUUGCAACCAUACAAAAUAUUGAUAAUUAUAUGACAAAUCUCCACUCAAUACUCUUGGAAAACAGCAGCAGUCACUCCAAUUUAUUACAAGUAGUGCGAGAUAUUGUAGGGAAGCUGGAGUUUAAUGGAUGACAGAGUUGUACAACUACAAAGAAAAAGAGAAUUAAUAAUAGAAAUCUUAAGGAAACAGCCGAUCCUCAACAAAAAAGUUGAUUGUUCAAUUGACAUAUUACACUUUUAAUAAAUUUGUCUUCUGCUGUUUAUGUUUGUAGUUUAGAGGCUCAUCACAAUACAAUGUAAGACUCAAUAUUUAUUUUACAAUAAAAAAUUAUUGUCAGAUU